AUGUGGGGUCGUUUCGAGAGUCUCGCCGAACCUGAUUUCCACCUCCUGAACCCAUUGGCCGGUCAAUGGGCCGCCGACAUCCUCUCCACCAGGAUCGCCUCCCUCGACAUCCGCAUCGAGAUCAAAAAUAAGGAUAAUGUGUUUGUGCAAUUAGUGUGCUCAAUUCAAUACAGGGUGGUGAAAGAAAAUGCUGAUAAUGCAUUUUAUGAGCAGCAAAACCCCAACGAGCAGAUUCAAGCUUAUGUCUUUGAUGUGGUUAGAGCUCUGGUUCCGAGAAUGACGCUGGACGAGCUCUUUGAGCAGAAGGGUGAGGUUGCUAAUGAGGAUAUCUGA